GCAGUGGUUAACAGAAUGCCGAAACAAGCCCAAUCACAGGCACAACUCAAACAUAUUCAUGUCAAUGGCAGGUUGCCAAAAGUGAUAACAACGGAUAGCAGCAGACCCUGGAAUAUGAACUCCUCAAGUGGGGACGAUGAGGCGCCAAAGGAUCCGCGAACAGGCGGUGAGGAUUUUACUCAACAGUUUACAGAAAACGAUUUCGAGGCAACGCCGCCCGCCCAACGCGUUCAGUUUAUACUGGGCGAGGAUGUGGACGAUGGCUCGCAUGUGUCGCACCCUCUGUUCUCAGAGAUGGGCAUGUUGGUAAAGGAAGGCGAUGAAAUUGAAUGGAAGGAAACAGCACGUUGGAUCAAGUUCGAAGAGGAUGUCGAGGAAGGCGGCAAUCGAUGGUCAAGCCAUGUAGCAACACUCUCGUUGCACUCACUAUUCGAGCUUCGUGGUCUGUUGGCCAAUGGCACCGUUAUGCUCGAUAUGGAGGCGAAUAAUCUGGAGGUGGUCGCCGAUUUGGUCUGCGAUCAUAUGGUAAGCGGUGGCACACUGCCCGCCGGUGUCAAGGAUAAGGUAAAGGAUGCGUUACUUCGUCGCCAUCGUCAUCAGCAUGAGUAUGCAAAAAAGUCUCGACUGCCCAUAAUACGAUCUCUGGCGGAUAUGCGUAAGCAAUCGUCAUCUAGAAGUGAGUAGUAGUUUGAAUUGAACAGAUUAUUCUAAGCUCAUCUCGUUCGUUUGUCGCGCAUCAUCAUCAUGAGUUAAGUGUGUCCAUUCGUUACUAAACCUUCAUAUUGUCUACUAAAAAA